AAAAAAACUAGUUUUUCACUGCUUCUCCGUCUGGAACAAAGGCUAAAUCCUGAUCUUGAUUUUUCCGAUUCCCAAUAAUAUUUCGGUCAGUCAAGCAUAUUCAAGCGAUGUGAUAAGUGAACCAAAGACCGAUUAAACAGUGCUGAUAUCACAAUAAUCGGGACUAUGGAAGAUCCAUCUUCAGCGGACUCCCUGGAAGCAACCAACCCUCAAGCCUCAGACCACCUUAGCAAACACGAGUCUACUUCAGGAGGAGAUCAAGAGAUUGAACCAAAUGAUGUAGAAAUGAAAGAUGAGACUGACUCGUGGACUGCCCCAGAUGGCUCAUUUUCCAAGCGCAUCAUUAAAAAGGGUUCUGGGUUUACGACCCCAAAUGAUGGUGCUUCUUGUCAGGUCACCAUCUCAAUAGUGGAUCCGUUGGAGGACAAUGACGUAGGUUAUCCGACAGGUGAGCAGGUUGAUAUCGUGCUUGGUGAUGGCUGUGGGAGGUUCUCUGAAGCGAUAGACGCAUGCCUGGAGACUAUGCAUCAAGGAGAAGAGAGUGAGCUCCGAGUCUUUGACGAACACCAUGUCGAAUCAGUUGAUCAGACCCAUGGUUCAGCAGCUGCAGAAUUCAGAAGUGAGGCGGGGGAUGGUCAAAUAUCAAACAGGGUGGCUACCUUUCGCGUUACAUUGCAUAGCUUCACAAGGAACAAAGACAUCCACAAGAUGAGCGUUGGGGAUAUCUUAACCAGAGUGUCUCAGCUGAAAGACUACGGGACAACGUGCUUCAAGGAGCGUAAACUUCAGCUCGCGGAGCGCUUCUACAUCCGUGCCGGUCGCUACUUGAUCAUGGUGUGCCAUCCGCAAGACGUCAAAGACCUAGACGACGAAGAACGACAGCAGUAUCUGUUACUGAAGAAAGGUUGUUCACUCAAUCUUGCUGCGUGCCACCUGAAACAAAAGCGAUACGACGAUGUAAUCACCCAUUGCACAAUUGCCCUGGAGAUUGAGCCGCUAAACGCAAAGGCACUCUUCCGCCGCUGUCAAGCUUACCUCGCAUUGGACGAGUUUGAGAAGACCAGGACGGAUAUACAGACUGCUUUGGGGGAAGAUCCUGAGAGUCGGCUCUUUCUAGAACAGAAAAGACUUCUGGGGAAGAGAGAGAGAAAAGUUUUUAAUAAACUCUCUAGAGGUAUGAAUAAGAUGUUUGGAGGACCAUCAUGAUUGAUGUUAACCAAUUGCUUACUGGAACCGUGUGGUCCCUGUGUUAAGCCUAUGGGAAUUAGAAAAUUCAGUAGUCAGCGGGUUGAUGGUCAUGCACUAGUUUUCUGUAGAAGGUGGCAAAGAUUGCUUGGAGUCGAAGCCUGGAAAUCGGUUACUUAAGCCUCGUUCAGAUAUGAAGGGGCAGAACUGUAGCUUUUUUUAAAAAUGAUGACGUAAAUUGAAAUACACUUCUCAUUUCUGUGUCUUAUAGUUAUAAAAAAGAGCACAGUAAUUCAUACGGCAGUACCCUUGUGCACAGUUGUCAUUUAUUGUAUACUAAA